UCAUCACAAUCCUAAUUAAGAAAAUUUCAGAGUUGUUUUUCAAUGGAUCGCUAUCAACAAAUAGGUCAACCUAGUUCUUUACCAAAAGUAGAAAGAAAGGUUGUUGAGAAAAAUAGAAGAAAUAAGAUGAAGAGUCUCUUUUCCAGCCUCAAUUCUCUUUGCCCUAACUAUAAUCCCAAGGAAGCUUUACCAUUACCAGAUCAAAUAGACGAAGCUAUAAACUACAUUAAGAGCUUAGAGACAAGUUUGAAAUCGGCGAAGGAGAAGAAAGAAAGUUUAAUUAUAAACAAGAGAUCGCGUAGUGGCUGUUCGAGUUCUUCAAGAGCAAAAAUAGAGAUUCAUGAAAAUGGUUCUUCUCUACAAGUUAUUCUAACAUGUGGGGUUGACGAACAGUUUAUUUUCUGUGAAAUUAUGAGAAUAUUGCAUGAAGAUUACGUGGAGGUCAUCUCUGCAAAUUCUUCAUUGGCAGGAGAUUCAGUUAUUCAUGUUGUGCAUGCAGAGAAUCCGCAAUCAAUGUUUCAAUUUGGAGCAACCAAAGUUAGUGAGAGAUUGAAAAGGUUUGUGAAUGGAUCUGAGAGAGAGGUGCAAAUUGAGCCUCAGUUGUGGGAUUUUGAGAAUGGAAAUGAGAGUUGGGAUCUAAGUUCUAUAGUAAACAAGAAUUUACAAUAUUCUUAAUGAAGAAGAAGAAGAGAUACAACAAA